GGGUACAAAACCAUAUGAUAAGCCAUCCACGUCACAAUCCAAUGAUUCUAUCCUGGAAACAAACAAUAGUAGUGAUGAAUCUAUGAUUAAUUCCCUUUUUACAUCUCUCAAGGACUUUGCGAGUCAGGGCCAUUUAUCGAAAGCAUUCAAAACUUUCUCUCUAAUCCAGCUACAUGCCUCUUCUGUUGCUUCUUUCGACCUUAUCUUACUUCCCAUCUCUUCUCUUCUUCUAUCUUGCACCAACCUUAAAUCACUCCAACAAGGUAAACAACUUCAUGCUCAGAUUAUCUCCUUGGGUCUUGAACAACAUCUCACUUUAGUACCCAAACUUGUCACGUUUUACUCAAGCUUUGACCUCCUUCUUGAUGCCCAUAAUAUUACUCAGAAUACAAGUAUUUUGCAUCCUUUGCCUUGGAAUUUGCUUAUCUCUUCUUAUGUUAGAAAUGGACUUUUUGGGGAGGCUCUCUCUGCCUAUAAAGAAAUGGUGGAUAAGGGGGUUAGGCCAGAUAAUUUCACUUACCCAUCUGUUCUCAAGGCUUGUGGUGAAAAAUUGGAUUUGGGUUUCGGUAGGGAGAUUCAUAAUACUAUUAAUUCUAGCUUUGCUGGGUGGAACUUGUUUGUACAUAAUGCCUUGGUCUCCAUGUAUGGGAGGCUUGGGGAAAUUGAUGUUGCUCGUAGCUUGUUUGACGAGAUGCCAGAGAAGGAUGCUGUUUCUUGGAACACAAUGAUCUCUGCUUAUGCCUCAAGAGGAAUGUGGAAGGAAGCAUUUGAGCUUUUUGAAAGGAUGAGAAUUACAGGUAUUGAAGUUAAUAUCAUAACUUGGAAUACUAUAGCUGGUGGGUGCUUGCGGACGGGCAAUUUUAAGGGAGCACUUAACUUGCUUUCUCGGAUGAGAACUUAUGGCAUUCAUUUGGAUUCUGUGGCGAGGAUUAUUGGUUUGGGUGCAUGUUCCCACAUUGGGGUCAUUAAAUUGGGGAAAGAAAUUCAUGGUUCUGCAAUUCGUAGCUGUUGUGAUGGGUUUCAUAACGUCAAGAAUGCAUUAAUAACGAUGUAUUCCAGGUGCAAAGACCUUAGACAUGCCUAUAUUCUGUUUCGAUUGAUAGAAGAUAAGAGUAUAAUUACUUGGAACUCCAUGCUUUCUGGCUACAGCCACAUGGAUCAAUCUGAGGAAGCAUCGUUCCUAUUUAGAGAGAUGUUGCUUUCCGGAAUUGAACCAAAUUUUGUGACAAUUGCGAGCAUUCUUCCUCUCUGCGCUCGAGUUGCAAAUCUGCAACAUGGGAAGGAGUUCCACUGCUACAUUACAAAGCGCGAAGGGUUUAAGGACAAUUUGCUAUUGUGGAAUGCUCUUGUAGACAUGUAUGGAAGAUCAGGCAAAGUUUUGGAAGCUAAAAGAGUGUUUGAUUCAUUGAGCAAAAGGGAUGAGGUGACUUAUACUUCCUUGAUUGCCGGAUAUGGAAUGAGAGGAGAGGGGGAAGCUGCACUAGAAGUAUUUGAAGAUAUGAAAAGGUCCCAAACCAAACCAGACCAUAUAACCAUGGUCGCAGUUCUAUCAGCCUGUAGCCAUUCCGGUCUUGUAAUCCAAGGCCAAAGACUGUUUGAAAAGAUGCGAGCUGUAUAUGGUAUAACUCCUCUUUUGGAGCAUUAUGCAUGCAUGGUUGAUCUCUUUGGCAGGGCUGGCUUGUUGGACAAAGCAAAAGAGAUUCUCACUACAAUGCCUUACAAGCCAACCCCUGCCAUGUGGGCCACUCUAAUAGGAGCCUGUCGGAUUCAUGGAAAUACAGAGAUAGGGGAGUGGGCAGCUGAAACACUAUUGGAAAUGAGGCCUGAAAACUCAGGUUACUAUGUGUUGAUUGCUAACAUGUAUGCUGCUGCUGGUUGUUGGAACAAGCUAGCUAAGGUUAGAACUUCCAUGAGGGACUUGGGUGUGAUGAAGGCUCCUGGUUGUGCUUGGGUCGAUGUGGGCACAGGAUUUUUCCCCUUUGUGGUGGGGGACACAUCAAACCUCCAUGCACAAGAGAUUUACACUUUGUUGGAUGGAUUAACUGAGCUAAUGAAAGAUGCGGGUUAUGUUGCAAGAGUGGAGUUUGGUUCGGAGGACAAAAUUAUUGAGGAAUAGGAUCAACAAUGGAAUUAGUAACUAAACAAAGGGCAGCUAACAUAUUUUUAGUGGAUUUAGAUUGUCAUUUAAGAGAAGCACCGGAAGAACGGUAUUAUUGAACUAAUUUGAAGCAGAGAUAUUGUUUUAUAGUGAGGCUAAAAUGUUGUGUAGAAGGAGAGUGCAUAAUGGGCUUAGAAAGCAGAAAGAUUGGUGGGUCUCAACAUUGGAGACCUUGGUUGCACAUGGAACUCUUCUCAUAAAAGACAUUUACUUUCAUCUGCUCUGAUUUUGAAGCAGAUUUGAGUUCAUUACUUCAGAGGCUUGCAGUUUUUUGGCAUUCCAAUCUUACCUAUUUCUAUUGCCAAUUUUUGAGGAAAUCUGGUGUGCAUCUCUGAACUACUAUGUCAUUUUUUUGUUGGUGAGGUAUGCCACCACUAGAGUCAUAAUGUAGCAAAAUUGAAUGGAGGAUUCACAUUGUUAUUUUUCAAUACGUUAAGAGUACAGAUUUCAAUUUCUUG